UGACAAUAUAUAUAUCAUCUUCAUUCUCUCUCUCCUUCUUAAAACUACUUGCAGACCAUUUUCCUUCCACAUCUCAAAACCCUAAUUCUAACAAUACAUGCCCCGCCCUUUCACAAGAUCAGAGAAGAUCGCAUUCACAUACAAAGUGUUUGAAGAUAUUACUUUGAUAAAGCGUCUACUCGCCUGUUUAAAAAAGCAAAAUGGCGACAUCAAUGGAAACCCAAAUUCACCAUCAACAUGUACCCCAUUGAGUAAAUUAGACACGCGAAUCAGUUACUUAUUAAGAGCUCAUUUAAGCACUGAUAAUCCUUCACAAGAGGAGAUUGUAGCAGCCUCAAGAUCAGCAGCUGAAGUUGCAGUCAAAGUUGCCAUGGCUGCAAGAGCUGCAGCUGAAGAGAAAGCAGUAAUAGCAUCCAAAGCCAUGGCUGCAGCCAAAAAAGCUUUAGAAUUAGUAGCCAUUGUUGAUGAUCAAAAUCAAGAGACACCAUCUUCUCCAGAACAAGAUUCAAAUUCAAAGAAGAAUAAGCAAGUUGAGGGAUGCCACCUGGCAAUAAUGUUGUUGAGAGGAAUUUGUGGAAGUGUCAGGCUUUUAAAGCAUCUCCUUGUGUUAAACAAAACAAAGUUAUGCAGUUGUGAUGUUUUUAUGUUUACCAUAACAAUCAGCAUUUGGGAAAGCAUAGUGUUCAGGCUGAAAGAAGUUAACUUGAAGAGAAAGAAUGAAUGAAUGGAUGGUAGUGUGAAAUGAUGAAUUAGGGGAUUGAUUAUAAGAGAGAUAUGUUGUAUGUAGUACAAAAGGUUGAAAGUGUUGAUGAUAUUUUCCGAUUAGUCUUUGUGGUGUUUGACAUGGGUUUUGUAAAGACAAACAAGAUUUUUUGGCUUGAAUAAUGGAAA